CGGCAAUUUCCGCCCUGUUCCGGCCACUCCUCCAGCUGAACAAUCACACGGAACUGAACUAAACUCAUUCAACCACCGCUUUAUUAUAAGUGUUUUGUACUCAUGCUGGAAAAGUCAACCCGAAGUAGAUGAGCUUGUAGCCCGGCUUGUGUUGACUCCACCUGCCGGGGACGCGCCGCUGAAUACGAUCACUGGUUGACAUCUUUCUGUGGUCAGCUAACGGCUAGCUAGCUAGCAUGCCGCUGUCGGAACACUUUUGAAAACUCUUCUGCGCUUCCCGUGCUAACUUCAUCUCGCCAUGACUGAGGUAAGAUGUCGGAAAACAGAGACUCUGGAGGGAGAUGAUGAAGAAGGCGAGAAGCGUCAAACUGAGCCGGAGUUGCAGACUCAAAUUGUGAGUGAGCCCAGCGGUGGAUCAGGUGAUGAUCUGGGGCAAAAAGAUGGAGGUGAAGGAGAUAAUGGUGACCAUAAGGAAGAGGAACCAACUAAACCUGAAACACCUGUCCAAAGACCCAAAACUACUGCUACAUCAUCCGGUUUCCUGCAGCGUCUGUUGAGGGUGUUCUUUGGAUGUUUGGCGGCCGUUGCCUGUGGCAUGCUUUACGCUGUUUAUCUCUCAACAUAUCAUGACAGGAAGUUCUGGUUUUCAGCUAGACAGGAGCUGGAGCGUGAACUGACCUUCCAAGCAGGCAGUGGGCUCUAUUACUACUACUAUAAACACAUGCUGGCAGCGCCAUCCUUUGAGAGAGGGUUUUAUGAGCUGAUGGUAGAUAACAGGACCAUUUCAGGCCAGACCAUCAAUGCAGUGGAGCGUCUGUCUCUGUAUCCAGAGCUCAUGACAAGCUUUUUAUACAGAGUCAUGGGGAGUCAGGACGUUGUUGAGCCGAUCUACUUCUACAUCGGAGCGGUUUUCGGGCUGCAGGCGGUUUACGUCACCGCGCUGUUUGUGUGCAGCUGGGUGAUGAGCGGGACGUGGGUUGCCGGCAUGUUAGCCGUGGCCUGGUAUGUGAUUGACAGAGCAGACACAACUAAAAUGGAUCAUGCUAUUCCUCUGAGGGAAAACUGGGCUCUUCCUUACUUCUCGUGUCAGGUGGCAGCUCUGACUGGAUUCUUGAGUAACAAUAUCUCCUCUGCCACUGAGAUGUUAUGCUAUCUUAGCAUGAGUACCACCACUUUCACCUUCCUCCUGAUGUGGGAACACAGCCAUUAUGUGCUCUUCAUCCAAGGCCUCUGUCUUUUCCUGCUCGACUCCUUUGACCUGGUGCCGUCACGCAAGAUGGCCGAUAUCCACAAAGUGUACUUGAGCUCUCUGUUCCUGGCCUACGUGUUCCAGUUCCAGAACCAGACUCUGCUCAGCUCGCCGCUGCUCAGUCUCCUGAUUGGCUCCAUGCUCGCGAGGUACUUCCAGCAAAGGAUGAAGAUGGGCCCCAUUGUGGCCAGAGUGAUGAAGCUGUUCCUGCAUUUCCACCUGGUCUUUUCCACAGGAAUCACCUUCAGUUACUUGGUUAAGAAACUUUUACCUGUCAGUGACGGCGACUUCAUAUUGAAGUUCCUUGAAGUGAAAUUUGGGCUCAACACAACGACUGACUUUGUCACCAACCUCCUCCUGUGCCAAGAGCGUUUCCAGAGACCUGGAGAGGAUUUAUUCCUGAGACUGACGCAGGCCUCUGUCCUUCCCUUUUACUUCCUGGUGCUGACUGUCUGCCUGCUGUCCACGCUGCAGACCAUUUACAGAAGACUCAGUGGUCAGCCAAUGAAAACCAGUCACAGACUUGAUGAUGGACGAAUAGGAGAGCAGCCCGAGGUCGUCUAUCACGUUUUUCACACACUGAUUUUUGGAGGCUUGACUUUGCUCUUUGACGGGGUGAAGUAUUUAUGGACGCCGUACGUCUGCAUGUUCACAGCCUUCGGCGUUUGCUCUCCAAAUCUCUGGAUGACUGUGUUCAGGUGGCUCAAACUGAAGUCUGUUCAUCCUGUGGUGCUGUCUCUGAUCCUGAGCACAGCCAUUCCCACUAUCAUUGGUUUCAGUUUAUGGAGAGAGUACUGCCCUCGAGUCUUAGCCGAACUGUCCGAUCUGCAGGAGUUCUACGACUCAGACACAGUGGAGCUGAUCAGCUGGAUCAGGUCACAGACUCCACUGGCAGCCGUGUUUGCUGGAAGCCCACAGCUGUUGGGCACAGUGAAGCUAUGUUCGGGUUCGGCAGUGACCAGUUUACCGCUGUACUCUGACAUCAACCUGCUGAGGCGCAGUGAAGAUACGUAUCAGGUGUAUGCAAUGAGAUCUGCAGAGGAAGUCUAUAAGAUUCUGACAUCCCAGAAGACGAACUACGUGAUCAUUGAAGAGUCAAUUUGUACCGAGCUGAAGGGCUGUAGCAUCAAAGACCUGCUUGACGUCUCUAACGGACAUGUUGUGUAUGACAGAGGAGAGAUGUAUUCAUUCUCCAAGCACGGCCGAUUCUGCCAUGAAAUAAAGAUGAACUACUCGCCGUACACCAACUACUUCACCAGAGUUUUCUGGAACCGCUCGUACCACGUGUACAAAGUGAACUCUGUCAUCUCUUUCCAGUACUGACAGCAGCUCCUAUCUCCCUCCCUCCCUGCUGACACUCCACUGAGCCUGACUCUGUCCCUCUGCAGUGUUUUUACACCGGGCAGCGGCGGCGUUUCUCUCUGCACCAGUUUGGACCUGGAUAGUGAAGGUCCAUGUGUUGUCUGUGGUUGUUUUGUUAAAGUUUAAAUGGACAAAGUUGAAGAUUUGAAUGUGCCAUGUUUAUCACUUUUACUGUGUGUUUUUCUUUUUUUUUUAUAUAUAUAUAAUCCAUGUAAAGUUCACAAGUGAGAAUUGAGAGCAGCUUCGCUUACGGACCUAUUUUUAUGGUCGGGACAACUUCUGUUGUUAUCUGGAGAAUAUAAAUUCAGCUUAUUCUUAAAUUUUUUAGGACUGUCAAUUUGAUUUUACUGUUAUUUUGUCUUAAAUGUCUUUCAGAUAACCAUAGUCUGUCCGACUUGGUUAACUCAUAAGGUUCGCUUUGUUGCCUCAAUAGAAAAAGGUUAAAACUACAAACCACGUAGACCUCAGCUUAAUUAGGUCCUGCUUAAGAAAAUAUGAUAUUUACGUCACAAAAUGAUGUAUCGUAUUAAUAUAAGACUAACGUGACUACUAAUUCAGACGUAAAUAACAUUAAGUGUUAUCACAGCUGCGUUACUUCACUUUUCUUUCAUUGUUUUUUUUUUACCCCUCAACAAAUACUCAUGCAGGACAUGUGUAUACACUGUGUCCUUAACCCACUGCUGCUUUUUCCAUAUCCUUAGCUUUUGACUUAAUGUAUUCUGUAAAAAAAAGGAAGUUUUCAAGUAAGAGCACAGCUCUACUGUCAACGGAGCACCGGAGGUCAGAUACAAUUAUACAAUUAUUCCUGGAGUCUAGUUUUCAGCCAGUGAAUACAUUUUUAAUAAACGACAAACUUUUGACACUGGAAGAUGCAGAAAACGCGUAAUAUCACAUGGUGUUUGGCACAACGGGAGAGUUUAUUUAACCUGCAACAAUUGCAAUGAUGUCUGUAUCUGUGAGUGGUGGUUGGUUAUGAAGCUCCUCUUCUGCUCUGUGUCUGGUUGCCUUAUGUUCAGAGGAAAGAACUGACAUUCACUUUCAAGACUGUUCCCAUCACCUUUACCUUUGUCAUUUCCCACAACCUGGCUGUUACUUGAAGUAUUCAUCAGUUUGUACUGGUGCUAUUGUCUCACCAGUAACUGUUCCUUUUCCAAAAGGCCAUGUAAUGAAUUUUAAGUUUUAUUAAAUUACGGAUGGAAAUCAAA